UCAGUGGGGAAGGUGCUAAGUUUGAUUUGUGGAUGAAAUGAAUCAUGAUUUUCAAGCUCUUGCAUUAGAAUCUCGGGGAAUGGGAGAGCUUUUGCCUACCAAAAAGUUUUGGGAACCUGAUGAGUCAACAAAAGAUGGACAAAAAGGCAUAUUUCUUGGGGAUGAUGAAUGGAGAGAGACUGCAUGGGGAACUUCUCACCAUUCAAUGUCCCAGCCUAUUAUGGUACAGAGAAGAUCUGGACAGGGUUUUCAUGGAAACAGUGAAGUAAAUGCAAUACUGUCUCCGCGAUCAGAAAGUGGAGGUCUUGGCGUGAGCAUGGUAGAAUAUGUAUUAAGUUCUUCUCCAGCUGAUAAAUUGGAUUCUCGAUUUAGGAAAGGAACUUUUGGUACUAGAGAUGCUGAAACAGAUGGACCUGAGAAAGGAGAUCAAAAAGGCAAGGCUUCUCCAUUUGAGGAGGACCAAAAUAGAGACCUUAAACAAGGAGAGGAUGAUGAUUCUAAAAUAAAUGGCAGAGGUUUGCCAAAUGGAAUGGAUGCCGAUUGCAAAGAUUUUAAUCGAACUCCAGGAAGUCGUCAGGCCUCUCCAACUGAAGUAGUUGAGCGUCUAGGCCCCAGUACUAAUUCCCCGGAAGGAUUGGGGCCUCUUCCUAAUCCUACAGCUAAUAAACCACUUGAAGAAUUUUCAAAUCCUGAAACACAGAAUCUGGAUGCCAUGGAACAAGUUGGUCUGGAUUCCUUACAAUUUGAUUAUCCUGGUAAUCAGGUACCAAUGGACUCUUCAGGAGCUACUGUAGGCCUUUUUGACUACAAUUCCCAGCAGCAGCUCUUUCAGAGGACGAAUGCAUUAACGGUUCAGCAGUUAACUGCAGCCCAGCAGCAGCAGUAUGCAUUAGCCGCAGCUCAGCAGCCACAUAUCGCUGGUGUAUUCUCAGCAGGCCUUGCUCCAGCUGCGUUUGUGCCCAAUCCAUAUAUUAUCAGUGCUGCUCCUCCAGGGACUGAUCCAUAUACUGCAGCAGGAUUGGCCGCAGCAGCAACAUUAGCAGGUCCCGCAGUGGUUCCACCUCAGUAUUACGGAGUUCCUUGGGGGGUGUAUCCAGCCAAUUUAUUUCAGCAACAAGCUGCAGCUGCGGCAAACAACACAGCAAAUCAGCAAGCCGCAUCACAAGCUCAGCCUGGACAGCAACAGGUUCUUCGUGCUGGAGCAGGCCAGCGCCCUCUUACUCCCAAUCAGGGCCAGCAAGGGCAGCAAGCAGAAUCACUUGCAGCAGCAAAUCCAACUUUGGCUUUUGGUCAGGGUCUUGCUACCGGCAUGCCAGGUUAUCAAGUACUGGCUCCAACUGCCUAUUAUGAUCAGACUGGUGCCUUAGUGGUUGGCCCUGGAGCAAGAACUGGCCUUGGAGCUCCAGUUCGAUUAAUGGCUCCAACACCUGUUCUAAUUAGUUCAGCCGCAGCACAAGCUGCAGCAGCAGCAGCAGCAGCUGGAGGAACUGCAAAUAGUCUUACAGGCAGCACAAAUGGUCUUUUUCGGCCAAUUGGCACUCAGCCACCACAGCAGCAACAGCAGCAGCAGCCACCAAGCACUAAUCUACAGUCUAAUUCAUUUUACGGGAGCACUUCUUUGACUAAUAGCUCCCAGAGCAGUUCUUUAUUUUCUCAUGGACCUGGCCAGCCUGGAAGUACAUCUCUUGGCUUUGGAAGCAGCAGCUCUUUGGGUGCUGCUAUAGGCUCAGCCCUGAGUGGAUUUGGUUCGUCAGUUGGCAGUUCUGCAAGUAGUAGUGCCACAAGGAGAGAGUCUCUAUCUACUAGCUCUGACUUGUACAAAAGAUCUAGUAGCAGCCUAGCACCCAUAGGGCAACCAUUUUACAAUAGUCUGGGAUUUUCCUCCUCUCCAAGUCCAAUAGGCAUGCCUCUGCCAAGCCAAACGCCAGGACAUUCACUUACGCCACCGCCAUCACUUUCAUCACAUGGAUCCUCAUCCAGUUUGCAUUUAGUUUACAGGUUUUCUGGCCUUGGAAAGCUUGAUCAUUUUACCAGGCAUUUUUAUCAGGGAGGACUGACAAAUGGUAGUGGUCGAUAUAUCUCUGCAGCACCUGGAGCAGAAGCAAAAUAUCGAAGUGCCUCAAGCACUUCCAGUCUCUUUAGCUCCAGCAGCCAGCUCUUUCCUCCUUCUCGACUCCGCUAUAAUAGGUCCGAUAUUAUGCCUUCUGGCAGAAGUAGAUUAUUGGAAGAUUUCAGAAACAACCGCUUCCCAAACCUUCAACUUAGAGACUUGAUUGGACACAUAGUGGAGUUCUCUCAAGACCAGCAUGGUUCUAGAUUCAUACAACAAAAGCUAGAGAGAGCUACUCCAGCUGAGCGGCAGAUGGUAUUUAAUGAAAUUCUACAAGCAGCCUACCAAUUAAUGACAGAUGUUUUUGGCAACUACGUCAUACAGAAGUUUUUUGAGUUUGGGAGUUUGGAUCAAAAAUUAGCCUUGGCUACUCGUAUUCGUGGUCAUGUACUACCCUUAGCCUUGCAGAUGUAUGGCUGCCGUGUCAUUCAGAAAGCAUUAGAGUCUAUUUCAUCUGACCAGCAGGUAAUUAGUGAAAUGGUAAAGGAGCUAGAUGGUCAUGUACUCAAAUGUGUGAAAGAUCAGAAUGGAAACCAUGUUGUACAAAAAUGUAUUGAAUGUGUUCAGCCACAGUCACUGCAGUUCAUCAUUGAUGCUUUUAAAGGCCAGGUAUUUGUGCUUUCAACCCAUCCUUAUGGCUGCAGAGUAAUCCAGCGCAUCCUGGAGCAUUGCACUGCAGAACAGACAUUGCCUAUCCUGGAAGAACUCCAUCAACAUACAGAACAGUUGGUACAGGAUCAGUAUGGCAAUUAUGUCAUUCAGCAUGUCCUGGAACAUGGUCGACCUGAAGACAAAAGCAAAAUUGUUUCUGAAAUCAGAGGGAAAGUCUUAGCCCUGAGUCAACACAAAUUUGCCAGCAAUGUAGUAGAAAAAUGUGUUACUCAUGCUUCCCGUGCUGAGAGAGCAUUACUGAUAGAUGAAGUUUGCUGCCAGAAUGAUGGUCCUCACAGUGCCUUAUACACCAUGAUGAAGGACCAAUAUGCCAAUUAUGUAGUUCAGAAGAUGAUUGAUAUGGCUGAACCUGCUCAGAGAAAGAUAAUCAUGCACAAGAUCCGACCUCACAUUACUACUUUGCGCAAAUACACAUAUGGGAAGCAUAUACUGGCCAAGUUGGAAAAAUAUUACCUGAAAAAUAGCCCAGAUCUAGGACCUAUUGGAGGGCCACCAAAUGGAAUGCUGUAAGAAGAUGAUUUGACCACGUGAAAUGAUUUUUUUUUGGUGUGAAUUAUCAAAACACAACUCAACUAUGAAUCUUCACAUUUUUUUUAAAGCAAAACUAUUUAUUGACUUUAUUCAUCCAUUUGUAAAUUUUUUAAGGUUCUUGUGUAUAUUUGGGGGGUGGGAGUAUGGAUUAUAAAUUAUAUUCAACCCUGAGUGGAGACCUAUCAGAUUGAAUUGCUGGCAAAGCACAGAAUGCCUGUAUAUGAUGUAACUGUAUCAAAAAGCUGUCACAUAUUUUGUAAAUUUUUACCUUGUAAAGUCACAAAAAUAGUUUUUAAAGGAAAAAGUACAGUAUUCUUUUAAUAAACUGGCUUGCGGUCUGGUAGGUCUGUGGACCCCAUAGCACAACAGGUUUAUAGAGAUGUAUAUAGAAAUAGUCCCUAUUUUUUUUCCUUUGUGUGAAAUUUUUAUAACAAAUUAACAAUCAACUGCAUAAAUAUUAUUAGUAUUUUAAAAGAAAGUUUAGUUGUCCUUUGGUAAUUCACCAAUUAUCAUGCAAGCAAAAUCUCAGCAAGAAAAGAAUGAAAUGAUUGGAAAAGAAGUGGACUUAAAGUUUGAUUUAUAUUGAAUGCCCUCUCACAUCUGGCAAUGUACAGAAGCAUUGUAUAUACUUACAUAUGUAAUUGUUGUAAGAGAUAGGAAAAAAUAUCAUGGUGACAUUUUCAUCCAGUUAUGUACACUAAAUGAAAGUGAAGUCCCAUUUUUAACAUUUCUGAUUGAUUUGCAAUGGGAAAGAGUGGAUAUUCGUAUUUUGCUUAUAGAAUUACGUGGACAUGUUGAGGAAGUGUUGAGCUUUAUUUUACUUUUUUUAUAAUAGGUUCAGAAAGUAGGAAACAGGUGAAAAGGGGCCACUGAAAGUGAAUUUGUUAGCUCAACAUUUAAGCAUGAUUACAUAUUCAGAUAGCUUUUUUUGCUUCCUAUAAAUAUAUGCAGUGUGUGUGUAGUAAUAGAUGUAAGUUUACACUUUGAAAGCAAAUCUUGUUUCAAUGUUUAUUAUAAAAGCCUUGCUAAUUUAGUAGUGACGCUUUCCUUGGUUGUACAGGUGUACAUUUGUAAACCUUCAUGCUGUAAAUGGAAUCUGUUUUAUCUCUUUGGAAAACAAUUGCAUUUUAGUGUACAUUUACAUCCCUGCCCUCUUUGACCUGCUAUAUAGUGUUGUAUAAUGUAAAUUUAUUUCUCCAAAUCGAGAGUGAUUUUUUAAAAUUUUUUAUCUUUAUAUCGUUUCAGAAGUAUGAACCAGCUUUCUUUUUAUUAUUGUGAGAAACAUUUUGUUUUAUAACAUAGUUGACUCUGUUAAUAUGGACAUGCUAGGAUUUGGAUCGCUUUCAAGAAGUCAGGGUAUUGUGCAUAAUAGAAAGUAUUGGACUAAGAUACUUCACCAUGGAGGCCAAUGCUUUUUCCAUCUUAAUAGUGAUCUGACUUUUUUUUUUGUACAGAAGAGUACUGUAUUUUUGAAUAGCCUACUCCCAAGUAAGAUCAAAUCUGUAUGAUAACAUUUUCUUCUGGACAUAAGACAUUAUAACAGUAACAUGAUGUACAUUUACAAGCGGCCUUAUGUACAUUUCCCAACAAUCUUUUUAAGGCAAAAUUGUGACCAUAUGUGUAUAAUUAAAAUCGUUUUUAAUCCUUUGCCUAUGAAGAUAUUUUGGAAAAAAAAAACUUGCUUUGUAUAUUCAGUUUCUGAAAGAUAAAGAAAGUGCUUUGUAUUUUGUUGAAGUCAGUAUUUUGUAUAAAACAUUUAUGUUGACCCACUUACGUUUAGUGCUGAAGACUAAAAUGAACCAUGCUAUCUCUUAAUUGAAUAUGUAAAGGAUUUUUUUUUUUAAUUAGAGAUCUGCAGAAGAAAAGCAGUCUUCUGUCUUUUAGGGGCAAUAUUAAAUAGGAAGGGUUUGUUUUUAUUUUUAUUAAAUCACUUAGCUCUUCAUAUCAUGAAUCUAAAAAAUAAAGGCAUGAGGUUUGGGGUGCCAGGCAUAGUUUCUCAUGUUUGAUGUUGCAUUAUUCUACAUUUCUAAUCCAACAUUUCAUGUUGAGGCUAUUAAAAUUCAACCAUUGUCCCAUCUCAGAGUCACCCAGCUUCAUCAGCAUGCCCCCAUCACAGGGGUGCUCUCUUCCCUCCUGACCUUUGUUUACCAGUCUCACUGGCUGGUCCCAUUUGCAACUUCAGUUCUGAGUAUCCAUCCACUCAUGGCUUCAGGAUCAAAGCUAUCCUUGUUGAAGAUGGGUGUAGUGAUUUUCUCGCACUUGCACAAUUUUAAUUUCUAGUUUUCCUUUAUUUUUAAUCCUCUGUUGGCACAGGCAAAUUUUUCUGCGAAUUUAGAAAGUCCUAGGAAAUAGUAUGUUGGGAAACUGAACCUUCUUCUUGGGAUCCUGAUGGUCCCAAGUGCUCCCAGAGUUAGUCCUGUGGUCACAGUACUUUGGGGCCUAUUAUGGAAAAUUUAUGGUCUGAUAUUUUUGGUACCCAUUUACUGAGUGUUCCACUUUUUAGUAAGCUGGCAUGCAGUUUUGGUAAAAUCUGAAAAUUACAUUUUAAAAUAAAGUUUAAUUAGGUAGAACCACUUAGGCUUUUCUCAAGCAUUUCCUUUUGGUAUGGAUUGUUUCUGGACCAUUUUGUCUUAAGUCCUGGCUAUUGGUUCAUAUGAAAUAAUGUGUUCAUUUCUUUGUAUAUUAUGUAUAAAUUAGAAAAUGAAAUGUGUGAAUAACAUUGUAUGAAAUAAACCUGGUCUUGUGUUUUUCUCUAGAUAAAA